CUACCCCCCAUUGCACUCAAAUCAAAACAGUUCACAAAAUUUCUUCUCUCCUCAUGGAACCGCCAAGCAAGAAACCUUUUGUAGCUGCUACUACGAAGAUGGAGACCGAAUACGAAGAUAUGUUACCGAUCAUGGCGGAGAAAAUGGACGUAGAAGAGUUUGUAUCAGAGCUAUGCAAAGGUUUCAGUUUGCUAGCGGAUCCAGAGAGAGAUCUCAUUACAGCUGAGAGUCUAAGGAGGAACUCAAGGGUGCUUGGGAUUGAAGGAAUGAGCAAGGAAGAUGCACAAGGAAUGGUUAGAGAAGGAGACCUUGACGGAGAUGGUGCUCUUAACCAAACCGAGUUCUGCGUUCUCAUGGUUCGGUUAAGCCCUGAGAUGAUGGAAGAUGCUGAGACUUGGCUGGAGAAAGCUAUUAGCCAAGAACUCAACAAUCACAAUCACUCUUCUCUGCCUUGAUGAAGAAGAACCUUUUUUUCUUGUGUAUUCUCUUUCUUUCUCCUAAAUUUCUAAAUGUUUCUGAAUAUUUUAAGGCCCUGAACAAUUGAAUGGUUAAAGAGAUCGAAUCCAAUCUUUUGUCAUUUAUUGUCA